AUGGAGGGUUUAAAAAAGAUGACACUCCACAUCCUGAUGUGGUUCGUCCUUCAAUUUCUGCUGCUGCCUUUUGCGAAACCCGCCUACGAGGUCAUAAGAGACUACAAGGGUCGCGAGUGCACCAGGGAAUGCUCCACGCAAAACAACGGGUACGACGGGACAUUUCGUUCCAAGUUUCGUUGCAAGUCCGACAGCCCUUGCUCGAAGCACGGCCAUUACUUCAAGCGGUGCUACACCGAAGGCGGGGGCUGGUACUACUGCGGGGACGUCAGAUCUGACGACCAUCUUGUGCUCACACAAAGGAGUACAGAACAGCCGAAAUGCAUUGGACAGGUACAAGGUCAACCUUGGAAAUUGUGCCCGGAAUGCACUAAAAAACUUCCAAACGGACAGUACCGUCUACUUUACGGUAGGAAACCAAAGAAAGAAAUGGUGGAAACUAACAAGAAAGACAGACAAAUAAUUAACAAUUUCAUUGCCACCUUUAAAGAGGAUGUUAUACGUAGCAAGAGCUCUGGAAAGGAAAAAGGAAUUAUAUACCCUGGCCGAGAUGUUGGAUGGCGUUUAGACAAGCAGGGAGAUUUUCCGGUCGACGCCCAGCGCUAUCUCAACCUGCAGAUUCAGAAGAAUGUGCUUCGGAACGACGGCAAAGGUACAACCGUGUCGCAAGUCGCGGUGUGGACGGAAGCGAGUUACUCGUCGGAGGACUUGCACGCGGCCUUCAGAAUGAGUUUAGAGAAGAAGGAGAACACAAGCCUUGGCUGCAAGUGCAUCCCAAGUGGCCCAGAGACUCCACUUCACACAUCCAGGAAUCGGGUCGCCAUCCAGGAGAGGGAGGCGAAAGGCAGCAGGGAUGAACUCAUGCGCGAGAUGGAGGCCGGGUUGCAGUAG